AUGCAAAUACGAAGUGCAUGCUUCGAGCGAGCGCUUCAUAAAACACCGACUCCUUUUCUCUCGCCUGACGGUUCGCAACUGUGUCGGAUGGAGCCUGUCUUUCUGUCUGUCUUUUUUACGAUACAGCUUCUGCCUGAUACAACGGCCAUCUACGUACUCUGCCGCUAUACCAUUUCAAUAUCAAAUACUAAUGUCAUCUGUUCUCAUCGCUAA